AUGGAAGGGAGUAAAAGUUUUGGGAGGAAAGUGAAGAGGGCAACUAAGGUUGUUUCUGGUAAUGAUGAUGAAAAUUGUCAGUCUUUUAAUACUGCUGCUCAAGUAGAUGGUUCUUCUCCCGAUCCUGGUGAUGCUUCUUUGAGGAAGAUACAACAGUUUCCCAAGCAUGACACUGUGAAACUUGGUGAGCAUAAUUUUCUUUUGUGGAAACAACAAGUUCUAUUGAUUCUUGAAGGUUAUGGAUUGCAAGAUUUUGUGCUUGGAACAAUUAAUACUCAUUCACAGUCAGUUCUUGAUAAGGAUGGUAAUCUUGUUCCUAAUCUUGUAUUCUUGUUUCAUAAGCAACAAGACAAACUGUUGGCUUCUUGGCUGCUGUCUACCAUCUGUGAUGAGAUCUUGGUUCAUCUCACUGGUGCUCAAUCGAGCUUUGACGUCUGGAGUACUGUAGUGCUCCAUUUUGCUUCAAAAUAUACUUUGACAGUCUCUACCUUGAGACAUUCUUUGUACUUUCAGAAAAAAGAUUUGCCUAUGGAAUUUGAAUCAAUUCAGAUUGUAGCUUCUGAAAUGCGUGUUCCUCUUGAUCCUCUUGCAAAUGUUGCUCAGCAAUGUGAAAACACUGAUAAUAGUAACAAUCGGUUUGAUAGAGGACCUCGAUCAUCCUACAAAUGUAAUGGUAAGUUUUCUCGAGGCCGUGGUCGAAGAAGGAAGUUUGGUCAUACUAAGCCUCAAUGUCAGCUAUGUGGACGAGUUGGUCAUACUGUCCAGAAGUGCUAUUAUCGAUUUGAUGAAACCUUUGAAGAUUCAGGAGCAUCCAAUCAUGUUAUUAAUGAUUUGGAUAAUUUGAAGGAUGUAACACCAUACAUAGGUAACCACAAGCUUUACAUGGGAAAUGGAGAGCCUGUGCCUGUAGCUCAUUUUACAAAAGAUAACCAGGUUUAUUUUGAAUUUCAUCCUGUUCAUUGCUUUGUGAAGGAUAUCAAGACAUGGAACAUCUUGCUGGUGGGCUACAUUCAUAAUGUUCUGUACAAGUUUGAUCUAUCAGCCUCUCCAAGGGCCAGCACUGCCUUGUUUUCUCUAGCCACUAUUCAUGCUACUCAUUUGAGGACACCUACUCCUAGUACUUCUGUUUUUAGCCUAUGGCACAGAAGAUAUACCUGGUUAUAUCUCAUUAAACAUAAAUCUGAGGCUCUUGUAAAAUUUCUGCAUCUUCAUAAAUUCAUUGAGGUUCAGUUUGGCUGUAAGGUGAAGGUUCUUUCUCAAUUGAGAAUACACCAUCGCCUAUCAUGUCCCCAUACCUCUGAGCAAAAUGGCUUGGUUGAGCGCAAACAUAGGCAUAUAGUUGAUAUCGGCAUGACAUUACUGGUUCAAGCUAAGGUUCAUAUGCAUCUUUGGGCAUAUGCUUUCAUUAGCGCAGUCCUCCUUAUUAACAGGCUCCCAACAUCUGUUCUUGAUGAAAAGUCUCCCUAUGAACUAUUGCACAAGUCUCUGCCUGAUUACAUGCACCUCCGACUUUUUGGUUGCAGAUGUUAUCCGUAUCUCCAGCCUUUCAAUACUCAUAAAUUGCAAUUUCAUUCCAAACCUUGUGUUUUUCUUAGCUAUAGCCGUGUGCACAAGGCAUACAAGUGCCUUGAUGAUGCUGGUAAGAUGUUUCUUUCUAGACAUGUGGUGUUUGAUGAAACAUGUUUCCCUUUUGCUGGUUCUAACAACUCAGAUAAUACUAUUCCUAGUCUCGAUGCUUCUUCUAGGUCUGCCUCUUGUGACUCUCCUGACUCGUUGCCCAGGUCAGCUGAUGGUUUGUUGCCAGCCACUGCAGCUAACAAUAGUAGAUCACUUCUUCUCCUGGUGAUGCUUCCUCUCAGGCUGUUCACUCAGAUGUUUGUUCCUCCUGUUAACUUGCAUCCCAUGCAAACCAAGUCCAAGAAUGGUAUGUUCAAGCAUCGAGUUUUCUCAACUGAGUUGGAUAUUACUGAACUGGUCACGAUUGAUGAGGCUUUGUCUAGCAAAGAAUGGACCCUAGCUGCUCAGCAAGAAUAUGAAGCUUUGCUGAGGAAUAAUACAUGGGUUUAG